AUGUGGGAAGCUAUGCAAUGCCAACUCAACCUCCCGCGAUCAGCCACAGGCAUCCUCCCAGCACAGAACCCAAACCUCCACCAAAGGAAGCUCAAUUGGCCAUGCCGCCGAAGACGUUACACAAGCCACGGGGUGGCGUCCACGUUCAUAAGAAGAUGA